AUGAAGCAGGAACUGGACGAGAUUGAGACCAACAUCAGGAAAAACAACAGCAGAUACUUUUUCGGGAAAUUCAAAAAGAGUGUGAUUGGAUACAAGCGUAGAGAACUGUUUAUAAGAGAUAAGAAUGGGGAGCUGGCUCGAUCCUCUUCCUCUUCCUCUUCCUCUUCCUCCCCACCGCCACCUGAGAAGCGAUCCUCUUCCUCUUCCUCUUCCUCUUCCUCCCCACCGCCACCUGAGAAGCGAUCUUCCUCCCCACCGCCACCUGAGAAGCGAUCCUCUUCCUCUUCCUCUUCCUCCCCACCGCCACCUGAGAAGCGAUCCUCUUCUCAGGCAUCCAUCGGGGAUACGUUCCGGACCCCAGCUUCCGAGGUCCGGCGGUCCAAAAUGGACCCCGCGCGUGAGGGCCUUCAGGUCCAGCCCACCAUCCCUGUGCCUCCUCGGACUUCCAAGAAGUAG